UUCUCCACACCCGGCGGAGUCUCUUCACACCUUCUCCCAUUCCAUCCUCCUCCUCCUCCUCCUCCUCCUCACGGCAUUCCGUCCUUGCACCCAUUCCUGCGUGCGAGCGGCCUGACAUUCCUGCACAACCUCGACUCCUGCUUUCCCGCACCCGCUCACUCACUCCCCUCCUUGCCUCCUCCAAGGUCUCAAUCUCUCUCCGGCCUCGAUCCGAUCUUGCUUCCGCAUUCUCGACCCUCCGUUACACCCGUGCACCACGCGCCUGUUCUCGACUGGAGGACGACCUGGCGGUGGUGACUUUGAACUCGUUUUUACGAACGCUCGUCAAUCCCUCGCUUCAGCCUUUUUCUUGCUAGGCUAGACCGUCACCAUGUCGGACAAGGUGGGCGUCUACAUCCCCCAGUAUGCGUCAUACAACUGGACGGGCGCGCCUUCCGAUUACGAAGCCCUCACCACCAAUGAUAUCGGUGGCGAUUCCCGAACGGAAAACCUGAACAAAUGGUUCCAAUCGGGUGACCAGGCCUACAUCAUCCUGGCUUCGGCCAUGGUGAUGGUCAUGGUCCCCGGUCUCGCCUUCCUCUACUCCGGUCUCGCCCGCCGCAAGUCGGCCUUGAGUAUGAUUUGGGCCUGUAUGGCUUCUUUCUCCGUCGUCACCUUCCAGUGGUAUUUCUGGGGCUACUCCCUAGCCUUUUCACCCACGGCAACCAACGGAUACAUCGGAAAUCUGCGCAACUUCGGUCUGAUGAAGACGCUGGCAGAUCCCAGUCCGGGCUCGCCACUCAUCCCUAACCUUCUCUAUGCAUUUUAUCAGAUGCAAUUCUGUGGAGUAACGGCUGCGAUUAUCAUGGGAGCCGUGGCAGAACGCGGACGCAUGUUGCCUGCGAUGGUGUUUGUUUUCAUCUGGGCCACGAUUGUGUAUUGUCCCCUGGCUUGCUGGGCGUGGAACGUUAAUGGUUGGGCCUACAACUACGGAGUCUUGGAUUAUGCCGGUGGUGGCCCCGUCGAGAUCGGGUCUGGUUUGUCGGCUCUCGCCUACUCGAUGGUCCUGGGUCGACGCCAGGAGCGGAUGAUGCUGAACUUCCGCCCGCACAACGUCUCCCUCAUCUUGCUCGGCACCGUCUUCCUUUGGUUCGGAUGGCUGGGCUUCAACGGUGGCUCGGCAUUUGGAGCGAACCUUCGGGCCACCAUGGCUUGCUGGAACACUAACCUGACGGCGGCCUUCGCGGCCAUCACCUGGGUUCUUCUCGAUUGGCGUCUGGCCCGGAAGUGGUCCAUGGUCGGCUGGUGCUCUGGAACCAUCUCUGGUCUGGUCGCGGCCACGCCCGCCUCGGGGUUCAUCACCCCGUGGGCCAGUGUGAUUCUGGGUGUUGCGACCGGCAUUGUUUGCAACUACUCCACCAAGGUGAAAUACUGGAUCCGUAUCGACGACUCGAUGGAUGUGUUCGCGGAACACGGUGUCGCGGGCAUUGUCGGCCUCGUCUUCAACGCCUUCUUCGCGGACGAUGCGAUCGUCGGACUGGAUGGCGUGAACACGGGAUCGAAAUCCGGUGGAUGGGUGAUCCACAACUACAAGCAGCUCUACAUCCAAAUCGCCUACAUCGUGGCCACCUGCGCCUACGCGUUCGUCAUGUCCGCCCUCAUCGCCUACGCCAUCAACGCGAUUCCCGGCCUGAAACUGCGUGCCUCGGAGGAAGCCGAGCUGCUGGGCAUGGAUGACGACCAGCUGGGCGAGUUCGCUUACGACUACGUCGAAGUCCGCCGUGACUACCUCGCCUGGACCCCGCAGAAGCACGACCAGCUCGAGGACGGCCACCAGAUCCCGGCCGCUGCGCGGUACGGAAUUGGCGAGCACAGCGAGAUGAUGCUGGACGGCCACGCUCUGGACGGCCACGCCCCGGUUGGCGUGGACAGCCGCGGCUGCAGCGAAGGGGACUCGGGCAUCCAGGAGAUCAAGGUGGUGCCGGCGCCGCGACAGAUGGCCGAACAUCGGGCGCCUCACCAGCCGGAACCCGCCGGGGAGCCCGUCUCCCUGACCGAGAAGGACCUGCCUUGAGCCUCGUCUCGUUUCCCUUAUGUCUCGUUCGUUCUUUGUCUUUUGUGAUAUCCAGCGAUUGCCUUUCCUUUUAGCCCGGCAGAGCCAUUUUUUGUACAUGUAUUAUUUGGCGGCGAUU